AAAAUUCAUCGUGGCGCCGCGGACAAUUUCUGUAAAACCGGCGUGGCAUUCAACGUGUGAAAACCGAAUCGAAACACCGGCGGAGCUUCGACGCGAAAUGAAUCGUGCACACGUAUGCGGCCCGCGGUGUCCUUGAAGAGGUUACGUAUCUAUCGCAAUUAAACGCAAUCUCGGCCGUAAAGGUACACGAACGUUGCAUCGACAACUGUUGACCGAAAUCGUAAUCAGUAAGGACACGGUUCCGCCGACGGCCGCGAGGAAACUGUGGCGAACAAAGGUGGCGGAUGCGAAUGACUAAGGUUCCUUAUCGUUCUACGAUAAUCGAGAAAUGCUUUUAAUUGUUUCACCGUACAAUUUUAUCUGCGCGCGCGCGCGUUUCAUCGAUAAGGUGGCAGUUUUUUGUGAUCGCGAUAAUCGGCGUUUUGCGAUUACGAUAAUACGACACAUCUGUGCGCAAAACGUAAUAAUCGCGAAUUUAACUUCGAGGAAGACGGAAGGAAACAAUCGCUUUUCGAACAGUCUUCGCUUGCUCGUAUUAUCUUAUCGUAACAAAUGUAAAAUUCUCCCACCUUCCGUGACGGCUAUAAAUAUUCUAACGCUGCUCGUAAACCUAUCAGUAUCGUUUUCUUUCACGGGGUGUCGGUAGCCGUGCUAAUAAAUUUUUAUUGUUAUUACUUGUUCCGUCGGGGACUGUUCAAGAUAUACACAGUGAUACACGCGUGUACGGUGAACGUGUCAUAAAGAUAAAGAACGUUUUAUUUUUUUUAUCGAAGAGGUGCCACGUAUUAUUAAUCUCGGUGGAUUAGUUCGAACGUCUCGUCGGCGAGGAUGAUGGCGUGCAACGGUAAUUGCUGUAUCUGAGCGUCCAGUAAGAAAGAGAGAGGGAGAGAGAGAGAGAGAAAGAGAUAGAUAGAUAGAUAGAGAAAGAGAGAAAGAAAGAAAGGUCGCGGAAGACGCACACGUACGUGUUUUUUCGUGAUAGAUAGAGAGAGAUUGAGAGAAAAAGAGAGAAAGAGAGAGAAAAAGAGUGAGACAGACACAGAGGGAACACGAUGUUGUCGGCGAGGCGUCGAACGAGAUCUGGUCAUCGGGCAGCAAUCGUGCAAGUUCGUCGUUCCUCUCGAUCGUUCAGCUCGUAGGACUUGCCGCGACACAAGGACCUUCGUGGCAAGGGACAGGAGAGGAUCGUCCAGCGGGAGCAGCCUUUCUAGAAGGAUCGGAGAUAAUAUUUUGGUAACACUUGGCGGACGAUUUAUCAGCGGGAUCAUCAGAGGUGGUGGCCGGGGUGUUCGGAUCGCUGCGAUCCACGUGGAUGCCCGCGAUCGUAGCGGACACCAAGAGGAUAUCAUAGUUGUUGGUUUUUGAGUCGCUGCACGUUGUGAAACGUCGGUCAAAGUGAAGUGCCCGGGUCUCGGUGAGAUGGCCUUCAUGAUGAAGAAGAAGAAGUACAAAUUCUCUGUGGAGGUGGGCCUGGAGGAGCUGACCGCCGUGUCCUUCGUGAACGCCGUGCUGUUCGCAAAGCUCCGGCUCCUCGACGGUGGAUCGUUCGUCGAUCAUUCAACGAGGGAGGAGGUGCAAGAGCACACGGUCAGAUGGAACGCGAAGUUCGAGUUUCUUUGCAAGAUGAGUGCCAACGCGUCCACCUGUGUCCUGGACCCGUGCAUAUUGAGGAUAUCAGUCAGAAAGGAAUUGAAGGGAGGCAGGUCCUUCCAGAAGCUCGGCUUCACCGACCUGAACCUCGCGGAAUUUGCUGGAGCUGGACUCUGCAGAACGAGGUGCCUUCUAGAAGGCUACGACGCGAGACAUCGGCAGGAUAACUCCAUGCUGCGCGUCUCCAUCAAGAUGAACGUGCUGUCUGGAGACAUAUUGUUCAAAGUGCCGUCUCCGUCAUUGAAGCAAAUGCAGCUCGCAGUGCCGGGUGUACCAGGUGUACCAGGUUUAACGGCCGACGAGGUGGUCGUGACGGAUAGGUGUCCUAACCGAGAGGAUUACGUGUCCAGCGGGUCGUUAGCCGGCAGCAUAGCCAGCGCCAGCAGCGGUUUCGGCAGUCUUCCUAAAAAGAGGCCUGCCCUCUUUACAUCGGAGCUUCUCAGCGGGACGGAGUGCUACGAUCCGAUGACCCUCGCCGAGAUCGUACCCUCGGCGGUUCUUCCAGUGGAAACUCUGGCCGAAACGCACACGGAGUCGGGCCAUUCUCGAAACAGCAGCAACACCAGCCAGUUGAGCAAAGGAUCCGGCUACGGGUCCUUGAAUUCACACAGUCAGCACAGUAGGCAGAGCAGUAGUGGUGACAGUGGCCACAUUAGGUCACCCUCCUGGCCGGUAUGGGCUCCACGUAUCCCGAACCCUUCCCAGAAUCUGGGGCCGAGUCACGAAGCUGCGAGACAGCCUGAGACUGGCCUCGACAGCACCGACUCCCCAUCCUCAUCUUCCUUGAUGCUGUUGGACCCGCGCAACCGGUUCUGGCCGGGUUCGAGUCCGGUUUCGUCUCGCGAUGGCAAAUCGGAUACGCGAAAUUCAAAGACGUCUUCGAACGUCGCGGCACGGCUGUCUUCCAGCAAGCAUCAGAACGAGAUCAUAGGCUCUAGGAACGGUAUAGCGAACAACGUAGGCCGCCUCGGUUCUAUCGAUGUCAAAAACAACGAGGUGGUCGACGUGUUCAAAGUGCCGCAGGACGUGCCGCGACUGUCGCGCAAAAAUUUCGAUGGGAACAGCUUCGAUCUGCGAAACGAACGCAACGCGAUCACCAACGACAGAAACGGGCAACAGCAUCGCAACAGCAUGAUCGUGUCGGUCGCAAAACCGAGGAUCGGUCAGCCGGGUUGGAAAAAUUUCUCGAAGACCUGCGACUGCAUCGAGAAGGGUAAAAUCAGUCCGGUGUUGCGACUGGUCGAUCAGGCUAGAGCCGUGUCCUCCCCCGAUCCACUUCAUAGGCCCGAUAACCCCAGAGCCUCGCUACGUUCCGCGACGACCGGUCAAACCCUCAGGGCUAUUGGCGGAGGCCACCGGAAGUUGCUGGACGGGGCGGGGGGCAAGCUGGCUACGGUCGCCACCAGCCCAGCGGACUCCGAGGAGUCCUCUUUAGGAGUACCGGAAGUCGUUCCACCGAGCUCCCAGCACCGAAACAGCAUAACCCCACCAAAUCCUUCCGGCGGCUCGGGCCUUAGCGAGACAGGAUCUUUGGACCGGGCGAAGGCCGCGCUGGAGCGCAGGAAAAAGGCCGAGGACAGCGCCGGCAAUCCCAUCCUCUGCAGGGUCGAGGUCACCAGGCCGAACCCGGACUCCCUCAUCGACGAGCUAAUCAAAGCAACGAAUCUGGAGCAGACGGACCUCGAGAGUUCCGAGACGACCGGACUCCAGUUGUUCAUCGCGAAAGACGGGACGACGGCGCUGGGCAGCCACGAGGUGAAGAGCCAGAUGCCCGCCGGUGUGUUCAAGCAGGUGGUCAUGGAGGAGAACAACAGGUAACACGAAGCUAACACGACGAGGAGGCAGUACGCAAGACAGGCCAGCGCCACGUUCUCGUUGGCCCUGGUGCCAGAGCUCGUCUACGAGACCUGCGAGCCCCGGUAGUUGCCGAGGACAACGAUGCUGGACGAGGGAAUCGUCGAGACGGAUGAAGAAGACACCGACCGGAACGCGAACGCAUCCCGAGCUUUUAUCGCCCUGAAAUAUUGUUUUACUUCUUCGCGGUUUCCGUUCGCGUAGCCCUGUCCCUCGGCCUUCGUUUCCGGUCGCCCAGCGUUCGUCCUCGUCGAACUCUCGUCGUCGUCGGUUACGCUCAAAUUUUUCUGUCCUCGCCUUUUUUUACCGUCUCGAAGCUCAAUCUCGGUCAAGCUUCGGUCAACAAACAGAGACUCGAUGAUCGGAACGAACGCGGACCACCGGAAGUUGAGAGUUAACGCUUUAACUACCGGGAGACUCUUCGCAGCAACUGCGGCUGAAGAAAGGUUAAGCGAGUCUGUAAUUUCGACUGUACGAUCGUGCGCAAGUCUGCUGGUUCAGGAAUGGAAUUGCUGUACUGUUUGUUGAUGAGCGUUCGAUUAUUUGGUUUGCGAGGAGCGCGAUGGUAGAGGGACCGGUAGGUAGAGUGUUAAGGACCGAUCAGAUCGGGAUUUGCAUUUUGUAUUAAGUGCCGACGGGCCCCGAGCUGCGCAGAGAUUGGAAGUGUGCCAGGAUUGUAGAAAGUAACUGUCGAAUGUAGAUGUAACUGUCUAGAAAUUUCAUUUGCAUAGCAAGAUUGAUUAUCAUUUCCUCAGACGAUACAAGCGUUGCUUCUAAAGUCCAUCUAAAGGUUCAAACAUCUUGGUCUCCGUCGAGGCGAUUUGAUUACGUUUUGUAAAUUUUAUGAACAAAGCGACGGAGAUCGUAGCGAGCUGCGCCGGUAGCCAAACAGGUUCAAUCUCCUUUUAUCGUUCUGUCUUCGUGUCGCUGCGCAGUUCCCGGCGGAGGUACGCCGAUUUUUCCAACGAAGCGCCGGUCGAUCGAGUUUAAAGGUAUCUCGUGCCGAGCCUUGUAUAGAGUUAUACCGAGAGUGAGGGAAACAAAUCGAUUUCCGGUGCGGACUAGAUUUACAAUGUAAAUGUUUAAACAAACGUUGAGCUGUGCGCGCGCCCGUCCGCCCGGCCGCCGAUGCUUCUCCUUUCUGCUUGUGUUCACGGUUCCUUUGUCGUCCGCGGAACGAAUAGCCACUGACAGAGACGAGACCCAGUGGGCUCUGAUGAAAAAAGGAAAAAAAAGAAAAGAAAAACCGAAGAGAUUUCUGAUAAUUAAAACGAAGAUUCCUGCUGAUUUAACGGAGAUUUCGACGCCUCGCGCGCGCGAGAUCUCAAGGCCGCCACGUACAAAAACGAAACGGAAAAAACAAAUCAACCGAAGAGCAAAACGAUUAUUUUUCUUUGGUCGCGCUCGCUAUCGUUCAUGGUACAAUUUUUAAUAUAUACCUACAUAUGUAUAUACGUAAUACGUUCACGUGUAUGUUAAUUAAUUAAUUAUAUAUCGGUUCUUCUAUUCGCUCGCGAGGCCCGUGGACGUCGCGCCACCCCCCACGUAUUUAUUUUUAUUCUCGGAUUCGCUCCACUUUAUAGUAUUUCCGUGUAAUAUAUAUACAUAACUGAUAUAUAUAUAUAUAUAUAGUAUAUAUACAUAUAUACAUAUAUAUUUUGGCGGGGCCCGAGCGGGGCCCAGUGUUUUUUCCUUUGGUAAUUUUUUGCAAGCGUUCACGCGCGCCCGCUCCGUCGUUUCCGUUUAACGAUCGUUUUGUAAGCGAGAACAUAAUGAAAGAUUACCGAGCCUCCGAGGAGACUGCGAGAUAACUAUAUUGCUAAUUGUACCUCCCGACACCUCCGGGAACGAGCUACGAUUCCAUUCGGUAGACACUUCGAGUCGGUGGAACGAGAUUCACCAACAAACAGUGCCACAUUAUUUAAUUCUCGAGGCUGGACGUUUUCCGUGAUAUUACUAUCUAAUUAUUAUAUUCUCUCUUCUUUUUCUCUCUA